GCGCGCCGCCGGCGAGUCCCGCGGGGAGGUCUUCGCGGACACCUGUCACCUUGGCCCGCGCUGCCUUCUGGAGGUUUCCUCCAGCGAGAACUGAGCCUUGGGGGUAGUGGCCCCGGGUGACACGUUGCAUUUUGGCCAUCUCCUCCCAGGCCUUCACCUGUCAAAUCUGUCAGUGACUGCGUCUCAGCUUCCCUCCCAAGGCCCAGGCCAGCGCGUGGAGAUGUGCUGGCAGUCCCAAGCUCAGGCUACCCUGCACCAGUCAUCUGCCCUCCUUACCGCCUUCCCCUCCUCGGUUGCCUCUCUCCGUCGGCAGCGGACCUGUUCACUGGGUUGGUGGGGGUGAGGGUAGGGGGUGCCCAAACUGGAAAUGUGAAAGUCAUCCUCGCUUUGCUAACCUAGUUCAGAGAUUCCUUGCCUCCUGCCCAGACUCUCUGGUCACCUCCCACCCGGCCCAGCUCUUUCUCCAGUCUAAGCCAUGCUAUUUAUAACUGCCAGGUUCAUUUUCUGUGGGCAAGUCAACAUCUUUUGAGCCUCAUUUUUUCUCCUCUGCAAAAUGGAGAUGAUAAAAUCUACUUCCUAAACUUGUUGGGAAGAUUCAGUGAGCUAGCGUGCGAAACACACUGCCUGGUGCACGUCAGGUGCUCAGAGAACGCUUUUGCUAUCUGGUGCUUCUUCAAGGGCCUACCUCCUCAAGGAGUCUGUUUACUUUUGGAAUUAGAGAGCAGGACAAGCUCACGGCAGGUGGCCUGGUCUACCUUCUUCACUUUGGCUGAUUUAAGAGUUUUCCAUGAGCACAGCAAUACCUUAGACAUUAGUCUGUAUCAUUGUGGAUAAUAGCUGCACUUUGUGACAAUAGCAGAAUUUCACAAACGUCAAUUUUAUAGGAUUUAGCCCUGGGGGCAGCUUGAGAAGAUCACAGUUAUGGUAGUCAUGCUGUGCCAUGAUGGUAUCACCUUUCUUCUGUGAACUUGCAAACAUUUCACAGGUAGUAAUUAGGUUUCCCAAACCCACUGGGGAGCGGAUAUUAUUAUAUGAGCUGUUUCUAAGGAUGAGUAACCUGAAUCAAGUUUGUUAGCUGCUGAAGCACCAGAACCCUGUCCCAGAGUUUUGGUCUAGUUCCCCUGCUCACCCUGCAAGUGGAGUCUGAUGUGUACCCCUGAGGAGGUUCCCAAUGAACAUAUAAAUACAGAAGAGAAAGCUGAGGCGCAGAGAAGCUUGUAUAAUGUGCCCUGAGCUGUGCAGCUACUAAGGAUGUAGGACCUGGGGUCCUUCAGAACCUGCAGCCCAUACUCUGCAAAAAAAGAGGUACUUGCCAGUGACCAGAUUGGCCAGCACCACCUUAAUUACUGGUGGCCUCACCCCAAAGAGGCAUUAAGAGUGAGAUUGUUUGUCAGUUCAGACACUUGAAUAACAGACACUGUUGCCCUUUCAAGAGCUUCACAGACAGAGACCAGGCGGGCUGUUCAGGGUCCAGAGCCUCAAGGGCAGGCACUACUUUGGUGAGGUCCCAGGGGGUCCCAGAGCUGACCCACUGCCCUGCAAGCCUGCAGUACCCCCUCAACCCGAGAUGACCAGGCCAACUGGCAAUGUACUGUUUUGCUCUGACAAGCCAAAUUGCCGAGGGAGCAUAGAGGCCUGUCCACGAGGACAUGUGGGAAGAAUUGGACUACCCAGGGCUUCCCGUCCUCAACCUUCGAGAAGUGGAUGAACCUAGACUCGGCCUCAACGUUACUGGCGGCCCAGCCAUGUCCUCUUCUGGUGCUCCCAUGGAAAUAAGAAUCGGAACAUCCAGGCGUCUUUCUUGUCCUCUCUCCAACAAGUACAAGAGACCCCGCUGCCUGUCUGCUGCCCACCUCAGACCCCUUGCUCAAUGUACCACCCUGGGCAGUGGCCCAAAGCUUCCCUGGCCUGUGUGGACAGACCCAGGAGGGACCUGAACAUUGAGGAAGGACCCUGAGCCAUGCACAGGAUGACACCCUCAUCAUCUCUAGCUAACCCGGACUGGCCACCAAAUUUCAGGGCCACCUUACUUAGAGGCUCCCAACAAUCUUCAUACAAAGGCAUGAAAUGGCUCUGGAUUGAAAAGGCACGAGCCCCAGAUAAGCCAGAAAGCAGUUGGUGGCUUGUCCAAUUCAACAUUCACAUUGACUCCAAUGUGAUGGGGUGGAGGGCGGGCUUCUGAAGAGCAGGGCCCUGAAAGGAGAGAAUUCUGGUGCCUUCAGACAGUCUGGUUAUGGAGGAACUGGGUCAGGGAAGGAAGUGGCUGGGGCCCAGCUCUCCGCAUUGCCAGCGCUCCGCCCCCGGGCCACUGCAGCAGCAGAGUGGAGGAGGCAUGGAAUUAGAGGACUUAGACCAGCUUCACCGCAGCUCCACUGGAGGGAGGGACAGCUGGGAGCCAAUCCCUGGCCAGCCGGGGCCUACCCCAGGGUUCCUGGGGGACCAGCUUGCCAGCAUCUUCAGCCGGGAGCCUGUGGCUACAGGUGGACCCUCUCUGGACCUGAAAUUCUCCACUCUGAGCUCCUGAAAGGCCACAGCCUUAAUGCCGCCAAGGAGAAAAUCCCUGGACUCCCUGGAGUUCCCAAGACUCCACUUACAAGGCCGAUUCCCACACUUCAGCAGUCUGUGCACCCCUGUUGGAUCGCUUCCCCCCACCCUCAGGUCCUCGGAGAUGGCGAUGGCUCUGGCGAUACUGCGGGACUGGUGCAGGUCGAUGGGCGUGAACGCUCAGCGAUCUCUGCUCAUCCUGGGCGUCCCAGACGACGGCGAAGACCAGGAAUUCCAGGAGGCUGUGCAGGCUGCCCUGCGUUCCCUGGGCAGGUACCGAGUGCUGCACAAGGGCUACAGAAAGGAGCUGGGGUCGAGGGUUGCCCUGGUCGAGUUUGCUGAGUAUAUAAAUCGAAGCUUGAUCCCCCGCCAAAUACCGGGCAAGGGGGGGCCCUGGACUGUGGCCUGCCUGCCCCAGGCCCCUGAUGCUGAGUCACAGGAUAGACCCAGUUUCCCUGCACAGCCCCAGAGACAAGCAGUGGUUGGCAGGGCAGGUGAGGCAGGAACUGCAGGUCACUCAGGAACUGCGGGUGAGGAGGAAGCUGUAGGGGAGGCGGGAGCCGCAGGUAUGGAGGGAGACGCAGGUGAGGAGGAAGGCUUAGGUGAGGUGGCAGCGGGAGGUGAGGCAGGAGCUGGAGUUGAGGCAGGAGCUGCAGGUGAGGGAGGGGCUGGAGGUGAGGCAGGGGCUGGAGGUGAGGAAGGAGCUGCAGGUGAGGAGGGAGCUGCAGGUGAGGCAGGAGGUGCAGGUGAGGGAGGGGCUGGAGGUGAGGCAGGGGCUGGAGGCGAGGAGGGAGCUGCAGGUGAGGAGGGAGCUGCAGGUGAGGCAGGAGCUGCUGGUGACAGAGAGGCUGGAGGUGAGAGAGGGGCUGGAGGCGAAGAAGGAGCUGCAGGUGAGGAGGGAGUUGAGGGUGAGGCAGGAGCUGCAGGUGAGGCAGGAGGUGCAGGUGAGGAGGGAGCCGCAGGUGAGGAGGAAGGUCCAGGUGAGGCAGGGGAUGGAGGUGAGGCAGGGGUUGAGGGUGAAGCAGGAGCUGAAGGUGAAGCAGGAGUGUCAGAUGAGGAGGGAGCUGCAGGUGAAGGAAAUGUUGCAGGCGAGGCAGCACUUCCGAGUAUGGCAGGACCCGCGGGCGAGGCAAUGACCGCGGCUGAGGAAGCAGCUGUGGAAGCGGCAGGCGCCGUGGGUGAGGCGGGGCCCUGUACCCAGCAGUGGAGGCAGGCCUUGCAGGCCGUGCCAGACACCGCGGGCUCCCAGGAGCUGGGAACCUUCUCUGGGAUGCAAGAGCCGGGCCACGGGGAAGAGUCCUUUGAGAGCUGGCUGGAGCAGGCCAGCGACAUGCUGCACCUGUGGCGCCACGUGUCUGAGGGGGAGAGGAGGAGGAGGCUGGUGGAGAGCCUGCGCGGCCCCGCGCUGGACGUCCUGCGCGGCCUCCUGGCGGAAGAUCCCGAGCUGGCCGCCCAGGACUGCCUGGCCGCGCUGGUGCAGGUGUUUGGGAACACGGACCCCCGGGAGAGCGCUCGGCUGAAGUUCCUGACCUGUGCCCAGCGGCCCGAGGAGACUCUCUCUGCGUACGUGAUGCGCCUGGAAGGCCUGCUGCAGUCGGCCCUGGAGAAGGGGGCCAUCCUCCCGGCCGUGGCGGACCAGGUGCGCGCCCGGCAGGUGCUGAUGCGGGCCCGGCUGAACGACACGCUCCAGCAGACGCUGAGGACGCAGCUGAUGACCAGGCCUCCCGGCUUCGUGCGGAUGCUGCGGCUCCUCCAGAUGACCGAGGCCUGCGAGGCCGCCCCGGCUAGCAGGGAGCUGUUCCCAGGGGAAGAAGAGGCCCGUGUGGACGUUGGAGUCCUGGCAGCAGCCGCCCAGGCCGCCCCGGCCCAUGAGGCCAUCACCGCGGGCCCCACUGCGGAUGGCACCAAGGCCUCCCCGGCCGGUGAAGAUACCUCCACCCAGGCCGCCCUUUCCAAGCAAGGUCGCGCCGAGGACCACCCGGCGCCCGAAGAGGCCAGUGAGGCAGUUGCCGGCGCUGCCAAGGCUGGCGAGGCGGGCCCUGAAGACCAUGGUGCCGCCAGGGCAGCCCCUGGCCCUGGGGAGACCAGCAAGGCCUCCGCGGCCACUCAGGAAGGUGGAAGAGCUCCCGGCCCUGCAGAGAUGAGCCCCCCGGGGUCGUCCUCGGGCCAGCCCCAGAUGGACCCAGGUGUCAAGGAACCCCCCAGCCCCUGCUCCCCUCCCCCCAAAACACACACCCUAGCCAUCGCCCCCCCCACCCCGGAGAGCCCUGAGCCCGGCACGGAGACCCCGAGCCCAGUCCCAGGAGCCGGUGGGAAGGACGGGAUGGACGAGGUCACAGCCAGCGCCCACCCCAGGACCUGGGAGCCCACCCGGGACCUUGGGAAGGAAGACCUGGACCGGGGCUGCAGGAGGUCUGCGGGAGGCCCCCCGGGGCCUGUGUUCUGCUGGGGCACCCCGUUGCUCCUCGGGACACCCGUCGUUGGGUCACUGGCACGUGCCCUGCUGUGGGACGGUCCUGUGCCCGCCAUAGGCACAUGUGAGCCAGAGCGGGAGGGGCUGCCCCAUGGGGAGCGGGCAUUGCAGGCGCCCAUCUUCCUGGAGAGAGGCCACCCGCGGGGCCCUGAGGAAGGGAGACUGGGGGGGGAUGGAGGGCCGCCGGGUGGGGUGUAG